GUUAAGUAUGGUUGAUGAAAUAACAAUCUUCAACUCGACCUAGUGAUUUAGUAAAAGCUUUAUUCCAUAUUGUUUAUUUUUCAGAUACAAAAUGGGUCGCCGACCAGCUCGGUGUUACAGAUACUGUAAAAAUAAACCAUACCCCAAAUCAAGAUUUUGUAGAGGUGUACCUGAUCCCAAAAUCAGAAUUUUUGAUUUGGGUAAAAAGAAGGCUCGAGUGGAUGAAUUCCCUGCAUGUAUCCAUUUGGUUUCUGAUGAAUAUGAACAACUGAGUUCUGAAGCUCUGGAAGCUGGACGUAUUUGCGCCAACAAAUACUUAGUAAAACAUUGUGGUAAAGAUGCUUUCCAUCUUAGAGUACGAGUCCAUCCUUUCCAUGUUGUCAGGAUCAAUAAGAUGUUGUCGUGUGCUGGAGCUGAUAGGCUCCAGACUGGUAUGCGUGGUGCUUAUGGUAAACCCCAAGGUACAGUGGCCAGAGUAAAUAUUGGACAACCCAUCUUAUCUGUAAGAUGUAGAGAUACCAAUCAAGCUCAUGUUAUUGAAGCUCUUCGUCGAGCCAAAUUUAAGUACCCAGGCAGACAAAAGAUCUACUGUUCCAAGAAAUGGGGAUUCACCAAAUGGUCACGAGAAGAUUACGAUAUUAAGAUGAAGGAAGGUCAAUUGGUUCCAGAUGGCGUCAGUGUCCAAUAUAAACCAGAUCACGGUCCCCUCCGUGCCUGGAUGGACAGAUAUCGAAAACAAAAUCUUUAAAUUAAAAAUCUGGGGAAUAAAAAAAAAAGUGAAACUAUA